GGUGCUCCCGGGAGCUGCUGGGCGGACUGGUGCGCCCAGGUCGGAUACUGCCGGACGCCUGAGCGUGCAGGCCAGCGGUGGGCAGCUAGGAGGGAGCAAGCGAGCGGACAGUCUAGCGGCGUGCUCUCAGGUCACCGGCGGUGGGCAAGAUGAGACCCGGAGAGGAGCGGCCCGUGGACGGGGGCGCCCACGCGGGCGUCUCCGAGCUGGAGCUGCUGAAGCUGCGCGCCGCGGAGCGCAUUGACGAGGCGGCAGAGCGCCUGGGGGCCCUGAGCCGCGCGAUCUGGAGCGAGCCCGAGCUGGCCUACGAGGAGCACCGGGCCCACGGCGUGCUGACCCGCUUCUUCGAGUGCGAGCCUCCGGCCGCCUCGUGGACGGUGCACCCGCACUACCACCUGGCCACAGCCUUCCGCGCCGAGUGGGGGCCGCCGGAGGCCGGCGCGACGCCGCGGCCGCUGCAGCUGGGCUUCCUCUGCGAGUACGACGCGCUGCCCGGUAUCGGGCACGCCUGCGGCCACAACCUGAUCGCCGAGGUCGGGGCGGCGGCCGCACUGGGCGUGAAGGGGGCCCUGGAGAGCCUCCCCGGACCGCCUCCGCCGGUGAAGGUUAUUGUCCUGGGAACCCCUGCAGAAGAAGAUGGUGGUGGCAAAAUUGAUUUAAUUGAAGCAGGGGCUUUUAAAAAUCUUGAUGUUGUUUUCAUGGCCCACCCAUUCCAAGAGAAUGCUGCUUACCUACCCGAUGUGGCAGAACAUGACAUGACUGUAAAGUACUAUGGAAAAGCCUCCCAUGCCGCUGCGUAUCCCUGGGAAGGAUUAAACGCAUUGGAUGCUGCCGUUCUCGCCUACAACAAUCUGUCUGUGUUGAGACAGCAGAUGAAACCAACCUGGAGAGUCCAUGGCAUAAUAAAAAAUGGUGGUGUAAAACCCAAUAUCAUUCCCUCUUAUUCCGAAUUAAUCUAUUACUUCCGUGCACCCUCAAUGAAAGAACUUCCAGUUUUGACCAAAAAGGCAGAAGAUUGCUUCAGAGCUGCAGCUUUGGCUACUGGGUGUACAGUAGAAAUAAAAGGUGGAGCCCACGAUUAUUACAAUGUUCUUCCCAAUAAGAGCCUGUGGAAAGCUUAUAUUGAAAAUGGAAAAAAACUGGGAAUAGAAUUUAUUUCAGAAGACGCAAUGCUGAAUGGCUCUUCAGGAUCUACUGAUUUUGGAAAUGUCACUUUUGUGGUUCCUGGGAUUCAUCCAUAUUUUUACAUUGGAACUGAUGCCUUGAAUCAUACAGAACAAUACACUGAAGCUGCAGGUUCACAAGAAGCUCAGUCCUACACUUUACGUACCGCCAAGGCUCUGGCAAUGACUGCAUUGGAUGUUAUUUUUAAACCAGAGUUGCUAGAGAGAAUCAAAGAGGACUUCAAGUUGAAACUUCAAGAAGAAGGGUUUUCAAAUACAGUAGAAUAAAAGGAAGAUUUAAGAGGCACUUAUGGAUAAUUGAGAAAUUUUAAGUAAUCUCUACACUCAACGUGGGGCUCGAACUCAUAGCCCUGUGAGAUCAAGAGUCACAUACUCCACCGACCGAGCCAGCCAUGCACCCCUGUGAUGGCAUUUCUUAAACAACCUGGAUGAUACAUGGUUUAUCAGUAAUAGUAUUUUAUAAAUUCAGUUGUUGUAUAAGUGUAUUUUAAAAGAUUCAAGGGAUUUCAAACUAUAUUCAGAACUGACCCAUGAAAGAUUUUUUUCUUUUGGUCUAGGGUUGUGAAAUAGUUUAAAAUUCAAGUACUAAACUUAGGGAAGGUUCAUUUUCAAUAUCUGACUAUAUCUGCUUUAGUUUAGAGAAUCUUUUCGUUGAUAUAAAAGCAGGUUUUAAUCAGAAAUGCUGUAGGAAACAACUAAUAACUCAGGUACAAAGAAUAAGCUUCAGUUUUACCAGUUGAAGGAAAAUGAAAAAUUUUUGUUUAAUUAACUCUGAGAAGUGACAUUAAAGUGCUAUUCCUAAUUCCAUAUUUCUGUAAUAGGAAAAAAUGUAGAUGGAUAGGGUUAGACUCUUUCUGUGAAGUGUUUGCUUAGUAGUUCAGUGUGUUCUAGAGGGGCUUAACGAGAAAGGAGCAAAGUCUAUUUGCUUUGAAUAUUAAUGUCAUAUAAGGGGGCACCUCUACCCAGUACCCCUAUUCAGGCUUCUACUCAGAAGCCAGCCUGUCCAGUUUACUAAGUAUAGAGGACAGAAUUCUAAGCCUCCUUAAGCCCCAUGGUAUCU